AUGUGGAGAUCUGCCCUCCCCACGACCCUGGUUGCCGACCUCCCACUCCUCCAGACCAGCCGCUGUCUAAGCUGCCAAUUCCGCAACCCAGCGAGACUCGCCCAGCUCCGAGUCAGACCCUUCUUCCCGCGCCACUAUGCUACUUCCGAGGAUCCUAGCAAGACAUUUUCUCCAGUGAAGCGGAAUACGAAGACCGAGACUCAAUCUCUCGCGAGGCAACGCCUGACCAGCUCCAUCGAAUUCCAACAGAACCAAAAGGAUGGCCCUCAACCCGGCGACGCAGACUUCGCUCCCCCCAGACUAGACCGACCCAUUGGAAGUCCGCUGCCACCCUUAGAGGGACAGAACACAGGAAUCGACACGCGCUCUAUGUCCCAGCGGCGCGACGACUUCACCAACUAUGACCGACACAUCAAGCGGCGCAAAGAAUUGACAAAGCAAGUCGCCAAACCCUACUUCCGCGAAUGGUCCAACCUCCGCCACCACGAAGGCAAGACCUUUAUCUCAAACCCCCGACUCUUCAAAGCCGACAGAUCCCUCUACUUCCCCAACAUGCACGGCAUAACCCUCGCAACCCCAAAAGAUGCCCAGAACACAACAACCCAGUUGCGCGGCAGCAUCUCCGUCAUCAACCUGUUUUCCAGCGUCUGGGCCGAAGGCCAGGUUGCGACAUUCACAGGCCCGCAGCAGAACCCAGGUCUUGUGGAGGCGCUAUCUAGCGGCGGGAAACAUGUUCAGAGAAUUGAUAUCAACCUCGAGGAGAACCGCAUGAAGGCGUGGUUGGUUAAGACAUUUAUGUGGCGUAUGCGUCAGAAGUUGCCGAAGGAGCAGCAUUCGCGGUAUUUCUUGGUGCAGAAAGGCUUUGACCAGGCGCUUAAGGAGACUGUUGGUAUGAUGAACUCCAAGGUUGGGUAUGUUUACCUUGUUGAUGAGGAGUGUCGGAUUCGCUGGGCGGGGAGUGGGCCGGCGGAUGCGGAGGAGUUGGAGGGACUCAACGCUGGUUUGAGGAAACUGAUUGAGGAGAAGAAUGCCCUUUCUGAAAUGCCCGGCUCGAAAAAGUAUUAG